AAAAAAAUUCAGAAAUACGAAAGUCUCUCUUUUUAUUUCUCUAUCUCUUCGAUAGUUCGAUUCAAUUCUCCACAAAAAAAAAAAAAAAAAACAAAAGAGAAGGAAAAGAAAAGCUCUGCUCUUGUUGAGGAAAACCCAGAUGGAUUCGGUUCAUAUAAAUCGAAAUGCAGCUUCUUCUGAGAAUGUUCAUGUCAAGAAGUUACUUCCCCCGGGCAGUGGCAACUCCGGGGCAGAGAUUGAAGUGUCUGAAAUUAUGUCCAUUCCUUCGGAUGUGAUCGACGAAUUUGGAGAACCGGAAAUAUUGCCGCGAGUUGGAGAUGAAUACCAAGCUGAACUUCCUCCACUUUUUCAAGAGUUUUAUGACAUGCCGAAUAAAAAAAAACGAGCAGCUGAAAAUUUCGUGGUUGGAAUGCCCGUGUUCUUGACAUGGGUCGGAAAUGGAAAACCUGACGCCCCAGCAACUUGUGGCAGCUCAACCACUUCGGAUUCGACACAAAUCACGACCAAGAACGAGAUCUUUUGCAGCGAGAUUGAUCAUACGCGUGAUUCAACGAGUCAGAAUUUCAGCGGCGGUCCGGGGCUUCGUCUUGUCCCGGGAUUCGAUGAAAAAGAUUGGACUGCAAUUGAGAAGGACAGCUUCCUACUCGGGUUGUACAUAUUUGAGAAGAAUUUUGUAGAGGUCAGGCGAUUCGUCGGGACAAAAGAGAUGGGCUCUCUGCUGUCGUUCUACUAUGGGAAGUUUUACGGAUCGCAGGAAUAUCAGAGAUGGACGCAGUGCCGAAAGAUGAAGAACAGGAGAUGCAUUUUCGGCCAGAGAAUAUUCACGGGACUGAGGCAGCAGGAACUGCUGUCUCGGAUAGUUCCAAAAGUGUCGGAAGAAUGCCGAAAUGCUGUACUGGAGGUCUCCAAGACGUUUGUGGAAGAAAAAACGUCGCUAUCCGACUACGUCUCUUCCUUGAAGGCCAUGGUUGGGAUGGCAACUCUCAUCGAAGCUAUCGGAAUCGGGACGGGAAAGCACGAUUUGACGGGAAUGGCAUUGGAAUCUUCAAAAUCCAAUCAUGCGAUCGCCGCACGCCCCGAGAUCCCGACUGGGAAGGAUUGCUCGUCUCUUACAACUACGGACAUUGUCAAGUUCUUGAGUGGUAAUUAUCGGCUCAGCAAAGCUAGGUCGAACGACUUGUUCUAUGAAGCGGUUUGGCCGCGUUUGCUGGAGCGGGGUUGGCGCUCGGAGAAGCCUCGAUCGAAGCAGUGUCUGGUUUUCUUAAUCCCGGGAGUCAAGAAGUUCUCGAGAAGUAAGCUCGAGAAAGGCGUACAUUAUUACGAUUCCGUGACCGAUAUCUUGAGCAGAGUGGCGAAGGAGCCCGAGCUGAUUGAGCUCGAAGCCGAAGGAGUUGACGUAAAUAAGAAAUCUGACGACGACGACAAUGAAAACGAUGACGGCAACGGUCAUCUCCCUAAGAAGCAAAGGCCUCUUUAUUUGCAACCGAAGACGCCUAACCGCAACGUCGCCGUCUUGAAAUUCACCGUGGUCGAUACGAGUCUAUCCGACGGAAAAGUAAGGGAAUUGAGAACUCUCCCGUCCGAGUAUUCCGACGUAUUCAUUUCUCGGGCUUGCGUUGAAUUUAGCGACGACGAGACUUCUGAAGAGACCAGCGACGUAUCAAACAUUGUCCCGGAGAACCUCCGAGCAAAAACAGCUAAAUCUGUCGAGAAAACGCUUCCUUCCAAGAAAAGCAACGACUCGAAGAAGAAGAAGAAGAAGGCUUCAAAAGGGAACAAUCAGUCGAAAAUGACCGCCGCGAAAUCGCAGACGAGCCGGAACAGGAAGCAAGGCAAUGCAGACGUUCCCGUCGUCAAACCGCAGAGGCAAGUUCUGGUGCAUUGCAAUCAGAAAGAAACGAGUACGGCGCUGGAGAACGGGAUGCCUCCGAGCUGUUGCACAAGCGUUCACGAUGCUAUGGGUAAUUCGUCUUUUCAAGCGGGGUCGUAUCGCGAUAAGUUGUCGUCGACGAGCUCGUCGAGAGGCAGCCCGGACGAGAGCAUCGAGAAUCCUCAAAAUCAGACAAUGAUCGAUCUCAACUUGCCUCAAGUUCCCCCUGACGCGGCAAAUCACGACCAAAAUUCCGCGCGUAAGUCCCCCGUUACUGAGGUUAGAUCGGAGCCACCGCCGCCGCUGCCGCAGAAUGUGAAUCCUCUUAGACAUAGCACGAGGAACCGUCCCCCGACGUCGAGAGCGCUCGAGGCGCUGGCAGACGGGUAUUUAACCGUAAACCGAAAGCGUAAAGGGAAGGAUAUUAACUCACAUCCUUCUCAACGUGCUCGUCUUGCGGUGAAGUCGAACGAGUCGACUAACAGUUCCAUGGAAUCUCGAAUCGAGGAAGCUGACAAUGGCGCGUCGAAUAGCAGCAACUGCAAUGCUCUUGUCGGGUCUGAAGUUGCGGCGUCGCAGACAAACGACGAGUCCGUUUCAGCGCAAUGUGGGCACUAAAAUUAAUCCGCAGAGAACCUUCGAUCGAUGAUUCGUCGUGGCGAACGAAACGGGUAAAGGCUAAGACUAUCUUUCUGAUUUGAUAUGAUACUGCAUAGUGUAUGAAAGUGUAGCUUUUUAGAUGAACUUUCUGCUGUGUUUUCGAAGGGGUAUAAUAAGGGAUGGUGAUAGACCGGAUUAUUCUACUCGAGCUGAAAUUUCGCGCUCGGUUUUAUAGACUUUGAGAACUUGAUUUGAGUUUGCGAACGAUUUGUCGAAUUUUUAAGUAGUUUUUUUUAAAAAAAUAUUUGUCGUUGACGAUUUAUAGUCUUUCGGUUUAAUCUUAAUUUUUAUCAUCGUCAUCAAUGU